UAAUGAUGUUAUGCUCUUAAAAAAUGAACGAUUUGAAAUAGAGCCCCUGGCAACUCUAGCAACUCCUGUUGCCUGGGUUCAUUGUAGACCAAAUAUUUUAAAUCAAGGUCGUAUUGUUUGGUACGAUGAGGAAAAAGCCCGCAAGGAGCGAGAGAAAGCUCUGGCGAUGUAUAUGAAGAUGCGACUCAUGGAGGAAAUGGAUGAAGAAGUUGAAGAAGAGGAGGCCGAUGGCGAGGAGGAGGGCGAAGAAGAGGAAAUGAUGGAAGGCUUCAAUCAACCAGAGACAGGCCCGGAUAUUUUGACAUCAUGUGCCAGCGAUAUGAGUCCGGACUGUGUAGUCCCAUGGCUGGUGCGUUUCACGAGCCGAUAUACUAAUCAAAAGGAGCGCGUUUUGGUUAUGCAAUCGAAUAUAUGGCCCGGCGCAUUCACUUUUAUAUUCGAAAAUACGUGCGAAUCCAUUUACUUGGGAUGGGGACAUAAGUUUUGCCGGCGCAACAUACCAUUUAAGCACUUGCCCAUUGUUCAAGAAGAAUUUCCGCAUUCAAUUGACGAUUUUAUUGAGACUACUGAUCCCUCGGUUGAGGACGAAAUUGCCUACAAUGAAUGGCUGUUGAGUAAGCAGAAGAGACAAGACGAUAUCGGCGAAAGCCUGCAUGAGUACGAUGGCGAAGAUAUCGACGACUACGACAACGAUGACAAUGAUGCUUAAGACACUUGAAAUCACAUGGGUUACUUGUAGCACUUAGUCUUUCAAUGUUCACACAAAUAUACGCAAAUGGGUCGUCAAUAAAGAGUUAUGGAGA